GAAAUGGGGCAACGAACCGCCCAAGCUAAAAAGGUCCAUUUCAGAUAGAAAUGGACAACCAGCAUGCAAUUAACACCGUUUAUAUAUUAAUUCACACAGUAACACUUUUAUUAUUAAUAUUAUUAUUAACGCAUCCAUAAUCCGUAUGCCAAAACCAAUGAAUAGUUAAUUUCGCGCCUUCUGAUUGGUUACUUAAGCCCGUGAAAUCGUGUAAUGAAAUGGUUUACAAUUUUCAAGCGAAAUUACCUCCUCAUAAAAGUUCCAUUUCUUAUCAGAAAUUUACGAUGUUUUUGUUUUUCUCGCUAGCAAUUUUGACUGUUUUAGCUAUGGCAAGCCAUAAGCUAAAGUUCGUAAACAGCAAAUGGCAUAAACCGCACCCUUUUGCGACCUUUUGUAGUUCGGUAAUCAACCUCCGCUAUUCACCGCCACUUCGGUGAAUAUAUGUCAAUUAUCACUUGCAUGUGUCCGAAUCAGCGUAAUUGUGUAUAAUUAUGCCACAAGUCCUAUAAAAAUGUAUUCAAGGUCAACACAAAUUGAUUCAGGAUCAGUCGGCUUGUUCGCUGUUCCAGUUUGUCAACAACAAUUUUAGACGAGAAAGGAAAGUUCAGGUAAGAUUUUUGUUUUAUUUUUUUUUUUUUUUCGUCGAAAACGUUAGUUAAGUUUUCCGGCUAAGAUUCAAUAAUUUCAAAUACCCCUUAAAAUGAGCAAGGAGCAAGGACCAAUUCCAUUAUUGUGAAACUGCAGCUUCCUUUUUGUACGCUUUUAGUCUUUGUUUAUAAGUUCACUAUUUGUUCUUAAUUUUGUGCAGAACAGGAAAUGAGGACCAUUUUCGGUUGGUGCUGCCUCCUGGCUACACUUAUCGAGCCUUGCAUGUCGGACAUAUACAUGCAUUUUCCACCAGGAUCCAACAAUCGUUUGAAUGGCAACCAAGAUAACGUCCGGAACGCAAACAGAUUGUUUGAUUCACAGAAUAACGGCAAAGGUGGAUACAAUGUCGGAGACAAAUUGGAUGGUAACCCUGGAGACAAUAUUCAAGAAUUCAGACAACUACCAAUGGAGUUCUACAUGAGUGGAUGCGACGCCAAGGCUAAAACUGAAGUAGAAAUCAUGUGGACAAAUCAACACGGGACCGGUCCAAAGACUGAUGACAGAGUGGAAACACAAGUUAUCUUACAGUACAUGUGUCAGGCGUAUCCUGAGGGCGAGAUGGCUACCAAUGAUGUGAACAGAGAGUUUGAGUAUCAUACCAUUCGUAACGGUCAAACACUAAACACUCAGGAUUUCAGAAACGGAAAUAGAGAGAAUUCUUAUAUCAGAAGGGACCGAGGACUUCACGAACCAGCCAAUUAUUAUCAGGCGUAUUUCCGCAGAGAAAGAAACAAAGGUUUGUUUACCGCUGACCAAAAACUUAAAGGUGUACUGCCGAUCUACACGCGACAAAACCCUGCUGGAACAAGAAGGGGCUUGGAGGUCCCCGAGGAGCGCGAUUACUAUCCUUAUUGGGGCCCCACCCCGUGGAAGGACAUUGCUAUCAUGGUCAGCAAUAAAAAGACCGAGAAUUUGAUGAAGAAAUACGUUAACAGUCCUCAAUAUGGUUACAAAUAUAUGUGUAUUAUGCCAAGCACACUGAAAGAUAACCCGUCCUGCCCUCGAGACAAUGAAAACGCUCUCGCCAAACACUGCGUUGCCAAGUACAUCACAGCAAAUUCGUGUGCAGCAGCUGGAGGGAAGUGGACAAAGUUUAUCACAAACUACGAGGAGAAAACAGCUGGAGUGUUGAGCACGUGCUAUAACAUGGGAGAUAUGAAGCUUGCACGAGGCGUACCAUACGAGUCCCACCUGAUCUCGCAAGGAGCUAAUGGAGAAGUGCAAUAUGUUCUUCUUCACAAACCCCCAGAUGUGAUCUACGCCCCAUCCACUGUCGUUAACCACAACGAAAUGAACAUGGAGGGAAAGUUUUCGUCGUACAAGUGGAAAGUUCCUUGUUUCCCAACCAACACCACUCAACGCUGCGUGUUACGUUUAAGAUACAACAUUACCACUCCUGACGCUCCUCGUGAAUUUGAUGGCCGCAAUAACUCGAAGGUUAAAAAUGACCCAAAAACAAAAGCAGUUGACGGUAAAACUGAGCUACAACUCGCUUUGAACACCGCGCAGCUCGCCCGAACAUUCCAGGACAGAAGUCACGUGAUCCUCCUAAAGCCGCGAAAUCAUCUCCCUGCAAAAUAUCGGCAAUCCAACAUAUACUACAUCGGAGGAAUGGGAAAGAGAGGAAACAUUGUGCAGGCCUAUCCAGCCAUGGAAUAUCGCUUCACUCCUGAACGCAUUACAGUUACAACACAUGAUGUGCUAUGUUUCGUCUGGUCUGGUUCAAACAACAAUCAAAACAACGACGGUGAAGGGACAGCACGAACGGAUCGCACCAACGUGUGUUGGGUAAAAGAAGGAUGCAGCUCUCUCAAGCCAGCAGCUUGUCACAGCUUGCCUCUUGAAGUGGUUGACCAUGUAAAUGAAUUUAACGCUGCAAAGUUGAAUCUUCACCUCAACAAAGGCUGCUACACCGCUGACAACCUCCAGGCUCAGCUAAACAACGCCCCGGCUUCCUGCAACCCGCCGUGUUUUCGCAUCACGAAGCCUGGGCAGUACUGUUACAUGAGCACGCGCAAUAACAACUUCUCCAACCGACGUCACAUGGGACAGAUCACUGUUAUCCAGGCCUCCGUUGGGGCCUGAUCCAAUCCAGUCUAUUAAAUACGGAGUUAAAUACCUUCAUUGUUUAAUAUGAAAUAAACAUGAAAAUCAGUUGAGACUUGUGUGAAGUGUGUGAUCUAUUUGGGCAGUACCCGAGAUAAUCUAA